AUGCACAUCCCCUUACCUUUAGCUCUAGUGGCUUCGAUCCUCCCCUUGGUUCAAGCUGGGAUGUAUGGUGCUCCAGUCUUGAAUCUCGAUGCUAAAUCUUUCAAGAAAGCGAUGGCGACUGAACAUGCAGCUAUGGUGGCAUUCGUAGCACCAUGGUGUGGACAUUGUAAGAAUUUAGGACCAGAAUUUACAUCAGCAGCAUCGUCGCUUUCACCUUUAAUACCAUUCUACGCUAUAGACUGUGAUGAUCAAUCCAACAAGCAAUUAUGUGCGGAAUAUCAAAUUCAAGGAUUUCCAACUAUAAAAGCAUUUCCAAAAGCUUCAAAAGGACCUGCGAAAGACUAUCAAGGUGAAAGGAAAAAAGGUGCUUUAAUAGAAUACGCCAAAAACUUAAUUCCUGAUAAAGUUAAAAAAUUAAGAUUGGACAAAGAAGGUAAAGAAGAUAAUGUAAUGAAAACUUUCCUGAAUGAUAAACCCACCCUACCACAUGUGCUACUCGUUCAUCCAUCAGCUCCGUCAAUCCCUUUCUUGUGGAAAGUGUUAGCGCACAGAUUAUCCGGAAAGAUGCACUUGGGUUUCAUCCGAGAUACACCUUCACACUCUUUACUUACGUCUUUGGGUGUUUACGAUCCGAAAGAUACGACUAAAGAUGCCACUCGAGUGAUCUCUUUCCCGGCUGGAGCGACUUCCAAAGAUGGUUUGGUACAAUACGAGGGCGCAAUGAAAUUCAAUGCGUUGCUUGAAUGGCUGCAAUUCCAAUUAACAGGUGAAACGUCGACGUCUAACGAUUCUGAAAAGGUGAACAAAAAGCAAAAACCAAUCCAAAUCCCCGAUCCAUACACCACUUCUUCUGAUAAUACCGAUUCAUCUUCGUCGGAGAAAGAGAAAGAGGAGAGAUCAGUGAAAAGUGAAGCUGCAGCUAGGAAAGCUAAAUUCGACGAAGCUGAAAGAAGAGAUAAAGAACGUCGCGAAAAAGCUGAAGCUGCUGCGAGAGCAACAGCUGAUCAACCUGGAGAAGAUCAACAAGAAGAGUUGGAACUGACUGAAACUAUCGCAAACGAUGCUCCUGAUGCUAUACCACAGGAAAGCGUCUUCCAAGACGAAGAUGGAGUAAAAUCAGAGGAACCAGCAGAACCAGUUCCUGAACAAGCUCCUAUACCUGUUCAAGAUGAUAACGAGGAGCAACAAGUUGAGAAGACUUCUAUACCACAUGAAGAACUCUGA